CGGUACCGGCUGGUUAAGGAAGAAAAUUAUUCUGCCGGCAGUAAAUUUCCCGCCAAAUCGCGUACUUAACAUCAUUCAGACAUAAUCGUAAUGGCGGAUGAUGUUGAUGGUGCAUUUACUGUUGGUGAAAAGUUUGCGAGCUAUAAGGAUUUAUGUAAUAAAUUAGAACGUUUUAAAGCAUCACACUUCGUAGAUUUAUGGAUUAGAGAUUCUCGGACAAUAAAAGCUUCUCAAGGGAGAGUAAAGAAAACACUAAAUCCUGAGUUAAAAUAUUAUGAGCUAAAACUGUCUUGUGUUCAUGGUGGUCGUAAAUUUCACUCAGAAAGUUCAGGAAAACGCUCCUCGCAAACACUGAAGAAUAACUGCCCAUUUAGUAUCAAGAUUAGGGCAUCUGCAGAUGGCCAAACUUUAGAAGUAAAAGAUAUAGUUGAUAAACAUAAUCAUGAACUCAACCAGAAGUUGUUCAACCACUUGCCAAAACAAAGGCGUCUCACAGACCAAAGCAAGGAAAAGGCUAAGUACCUGCUCUCGAUGAAUGUCAACAAAAAGUUAUUGCAGCAGGAACUCUCGAGAGAAUGUGGGAAAGUUGUAACACUCCGAGAUAUUUCCAACAUCGCUGCAGAAAACAAAAGAGAAAAAACUCGUAACGACCUAAACUCAGUUGUAGAUAUUUUAACAAAUAAAUACGGUUGGUUUUACUUAUUUAUCAACUCUGUAUUAUGGGGCAGUUAUUGUCUUCUUUGUUUCUCUUUUGGGUUUUUUUAGCCUUCAUGCUUCUAU